CGAGUUCGCCAUAACGCUGGACACGUAUAUCAUACGACUGGUGGCCGAUAGUCAGCACUCAAUGUGCGAUUGGAUAGACAGCCUGCGCUCAAAGCUCCGACAGUUAGACGUACUGCCCGCUCGGGACAACCUAUACAUGAGGGAACCCCAGCCCCUGCCCCGUCAAAACUCAGUCACCAAUCGACACAACCAUUUCAGGCCACUACCACCCAUACCGAUGCCACCCAAUGGCAUCGGUAGUCCGAGCAACAUAUCACUGGCUACUACUCCCACUCGACGCGCCGGCCCGGGAACGCCUGUCACUCCGUUGACACCUCUGUCACCGUUAGCACCGAUAGCCACAAUCUCGUCCGCAAACACCCCGACAACCAGUGCCUUACCAUUACCACCACUGGCCAGAGCUGAGACGCCUACAGAGAUAUACGAAACUAUAUUUGAUGGACAGCAGCAGCACCGGCAGACUCAACACCAACAACAACUACCAGCUCAGCCACCACUGCCUGCCCGGACACUGCAUAGCUCCCAGUCCGUAGCCAUGUCAGCCUCCGCUUCCAUCUCAUCCCCAUCAGGCGCUGCAUUAGAGCCACUCAAUAGUCACGUACCCGCAGAGGAGGGUCCGCCCCCUUACGAGUUGAUAGCGGCCACAUCGUCAGCACCGGUAUCUCUGCGAGAGUCACAAGUUCUACGGUUACGCAAAGAGAUCGCUCACCCGUCAGGCGUUAGGCUUAUGGUGCGCAAAAAGGACUGUUAUCAUUCCAUAGCACUGGUAGACAUGGGCGACGGUGUAUGGCUAGCCGGGUGGCGGCAAAAGGAAUUCCCAGUACUACACAACACGUUUCACAUCGGGGAUCGACUACUUAGUAUUAAUGGAGACCCGGUAACCACGGCCUCCCAGGCAUACAAACUCAUUAAACAACACCAGUUGGUGCUGGAGAUUAUCUAUUUAAACAAGCAAAAAAUGUGA